GUGCAUUCAUCUAACACUAGUCAUAAGAAUAAAUUAUUAGGUGACAUAAACCUGUGUCGUAACAUCAGAAAAGUAUAAAGCGGUUGAACGAACGCAAGUAAAUGGGAACAACAUUUUCACGGUGGCUGGGUGCUGUGUGUGUGUCUGUGUGAUCAUGUUCAAACUGUUAUCACCCAAACAAGCGGGCUCGAGGAGGGAUAAUAAUAGCACCGUUUAUAAGUAGCUGAUAAACGGAAACUCUGCUUCGGCACACAGAACUGAUCAAAUCUUGCAGCAGGUCGGAUGAAAACGACAUUUUGUUGUAUCCAGUAUAAUUCAGACAGUUGUGCUUUUUUAUCUCACGUAGAUUAUUGCCAACGAUGGAGAAUCAAAAAGUAGUCACGGUGCGUGGUCCAGUUCCUCCGGCUACCCUGGGAUAUACUCUGACUCACGAGCACUUUUCGCUGGAUUUUAGUAACUUUUAUGCGUCCGCUCCCCUCGAGUUGGAAUCGUAUGUCAACAGUAAAAUUACAUUACAGAAUGUGGGCUUCAUACGACAGUAUCCGUACAGCAGCAAGUACAACAUCAAUUUUGAAGACAAUGAUACUCAUGAAGCAGUCAUGAAGGAUGUGAUGAAUUAUAAAAAGUUUGGUGGAAGUACAAUCGUGGAAAACACUUCGCAUGGAUUGAAUCGAAACUUGGAGCUAAUGUUCAAAGUUUCGGAGACAACCGGUGUGAAUAUCGUUGCCGGGACGGGACAUUACGUGCACGGAGUGCAGCCGGAAUCCGUUAUCAAUAUGACUAUCGAAGAGAUGUCUGAUCUGUACACGAAGGAGAUAUUAUUCGGUGUACCGGUUCGGGGUAUCGGUAGCGGAACGGAAACAAUCAAUUGUGGCGUCAUAGGAGAGGUGGGCAGCAGCUGGCCAAUAACAGCGUUCGAGCGGAAAGCAAUUCAAGCGACAGCGGAAACUCAAAGCGCCCUAAACUGUCCGGUCACGUUCCAUCCGGGACGGGAACGCGAUGCACCGUUUGAAAUUGUUCGUAUCUACUUGGAAGCAGGCGGAAAAGCUGACAAAUGUGUUAUGAGCCAUUUAGAUAGAACUCUUUUUGACGGUGGCGAUCUUUUGGAGUUUGCAAAAUUAGGAACUUAUUGCCAACUUGAUUUGUUUGGCACGGAGUGUUCAUACUAUCAGUUAAAUCCAACUGGUCAUAUGCAGUCGGACGAGCAACGUAUCCAGCACAUAUUGAACCUACAGCAGGAAGGAUUUGAAAAGCGAAUUUUGAUGUCACAUGAUAUUCACACUAAACAUCGAUUGACCUCAUUCGGCGGGCAUGGCUACAGUCAUAUAUUAACCAACAUAUUGAUGCGUUUGGCUUUGAAAGGCCUGAAUCAAAAAACGAUUGAUACAAUAACUAUUGAAAACCCGGCCAAUUGGUUGGUCAUGCCAAAAUAGAUUUUCCAUUUAGUCAAAUAUAUUUGAGUCGAUAUAGAUACCA